UUAAAGACAAGACAACCAAGAAGUAGAAGGGAUUGGUCCUAAUAUCUGGCCAAUGCUGAAUGGACACAAAACAAAGCACAUUUCUUCAUUCCCAGAUACGGGUGGACACCAUGAUGACUAUUCAUAAAGUCAAACCCCCACUUCCACUUCCUCUUCCUCUUGACCAUUAUUCAAACACCGCGUUUCUUCCUUCCUUCACACCUUCUUCCAUUCUUUUCUCUUUUCUCUUUUUUAAUUCCUCCACCUCACCACGUUCCUUCCUUCUGCAACUUAUAUUAUUAAAUCCCCUUCUCAUCUCAUCAUCUCCUAAUCUCCACCAUUUUCUUCCCCUUUCCAUCCACACAAAUGGGUCUAUGUAGUAGCAAAACCAAAACUGGAGCUACAAAUCCUGAUGCGCAUAAACCAACAUCAACAUCCCACCAACCCAACACACUCUACACCAAAUCUCCCGCGCCCGCUGUCCAAAUUCCGGCCACAAAACAACCACCCAGCCCCAAAAGGCUCUACAAGUCUGACACUAUUCUUGGCAAACCAUUUGAGGAUGUUAAACAACAUUACACAAUGGGGAAAGAAUUGGGUAGAGGUCAAUUUGGUGUUACAUAUCUUUGUACACAAAAAACAACUGGUCAAAGGUAUGCCUGCAAAUCCAUAUUGAAAAAGAAACUGGUCACAAAGAGUGAUAAAGAUGAUAUGAGGAAAGAGAUUCAGAUUAUGCAACAUUUGAGUGGGCAGGCUAAUAUUGUGGAGUUUAAGGGUGCUUAUGAAGAUAAGCAAUCUGUACACUUGGUUAUGGAGGUUUGUGAAGGAGGUGAGCUUUUUGAUAGGAUCAUCGCCAAGGGUCAUUAUAGCGAAAGAGCUGCCGCAUCCAUUUGCAGGUCUAUUGUUAAUGUGGUUCAUAUUUGUCAUUUUAUGGGUGUGAUGCAUCGCGACUUGAAGCCCGAAAAUUUCUUGCUUUCGGACAAGAGCGAGAAUGCACUUUUGAAGGCUACAGAUUUUGGGUUAUCAGUCUUCAUUCAAGAAGGAAAAUCAUACCGGGAUAUUGUUGGCAGCGCGUACUAUGUUGCGCCCGAAGUGUUGAAGCGUAAGUACGGGAAGGAAAUCGACAUAUGGAGUGCAGGAGUGAUGCUGUAUAUCUUGCUCAGUGGUGUGCCUCCCUUUUGGGCAGAGACAGAGAAAGGAAUAUUUGAUGCUGUAUUAGAAGGAUAUAUUGAUUUCGAAAGCGAUCCUUGGCCAUCUAUCUCCAUGAGUGCCAAGGACCUUGUCCGAAGGAUGCUGACACAAGACCCGAAGAGGCGUAUAACUUCUGCUCAAGUUCUUGAACAUCCAUGGAUUAGAGAAGGUGGGGAAGCAUCAGACAAGCCAAUAGACAGCGCUGUUCUUUCGAGGAUGAAGCAAUUCCGAGCUAUGAACAAGCUCAAGAAACUUGCUCUCAAGGUCAUCGCGGAAAAUCUAUCAGCAGAAGAAAUUCAAGGGCUAAAAUCAAUGUUUAUGAACAUAGACACUGAUAACAGUGGGACAAUUACCUACGACGAACUUAAAACUGGACUGGCUCGAUUAGGGUCAAAGCUAACAGAGGCUGAAGUGAAGCAACUCAUGGAAGCUGCUGAUGUUGAUGGGAAUGGGUCGAUUGAUUACCUUGAGUUCAUCACAGCAACAAUGCAUCGACACAAGUUAGAAAGGGAAGAACAUGUGUACAAAGCUUUUCAGCAUUUUGAUACCGAUAAUAGUGGGUUUAUUACAAGAGAUGAACUAGAAACAGCAAUGAAGAACUAUGGAAUGGGAGAUGAAGCCACCAUUAAAGACAUAAUAGCAGAAGUGGAUACCGAUAAUGACGGGAAGAUAAACUAUGAAGAGUUCUGCACAAUGAUGAGAAGUGGAACCCAACCGGGCAAGCUGUUCUAAUGUCAUUUGCAGCUUUUUAGCAGUAAAGCAAUCGAAAUAAAAGCUUCAAGAAACUUAAAAGGCUGGUAGAUGCAAACGAAAUUAGAACAGAUAAUAUCAAGAGAGAAUUCAACCGGUCCAUCAAAGUUGAGUGCCGCUGUUAGGCUUUGAACUUCACAUUAUUUUUCGAGUAUUAGUUUCAGAAAGAUCGUCUGUAUAAUAUUCGUUUAAAUCACUCUCAUUAUGAAAUUUCAUUUGUUUCUGCAACCUUUGGCGUUAGCCCAUGUUGAGUGCCACAAGGGUUAUUCCUAAGCAGUUUAAUAGAUAUCGGUCAUGUUGUGAAGGACUGAAAGCAAUGACUUGUUCAUAU